GGAGCUGCUGAUCGCCUGAUCCAACCGCCUCUGCCGGCCCACAGGAGCCGCGUGCCCACGACUCCCGCCACACCACAGCCACGAGUUCCCGGCUUCUCGCGAGGUCCGCCCCGGUUGUGGCCGCGCUGCCCGCCGCCCGCCGCCGCGCCAUGGACACCCUCUCCCUCCUCUCGGUCGCGCGCGUCUCACGCCUGUCGCUCCCCCUCGCCACGGCCGCCGCGCCACUGAGAUCCAGGAGUCUAAGCGGCGGCGCCCGGAUCGCGCAGUCGCGGCGCCGCCGCGCCGCCCGGCUGUCGGCGUCCACCGUGGCGGCCGAGACGCCGCGGACCGAGGACGCGCCGUCGCCGUCGCCGUCCGGGCAGGAGCUGUUCGACUGGCUGGACCAGUGGUACCCUUUCGCCCCCGUGUGCGACCUCGACCCCGGCGCGCCGCACGGCAAGACGGUGCUCGGGCUCAGCGUCGUCGCCUGGUACGACCGAGGCGCCGGCGAGUGGCGCGUGUUCGACGACGCCUGCCCGCACCGCCUCGCGCCGCUCUCCGAGGGCCGCAUCGACGACAAGGGCCGGCUCCAGUGCGUGUACCACGGCUGGUGCUUCGACGGCGCAGGCGCCUGCAAGUUCAUCCCCCAGGCCCCCGCCCUCGGCCCACCGGUGCACAAGAACAGCAAGGCCUGCGUGGCGUCGUACCCCUGCGUGGUGCAGAACAACAUCCUGUGGUUCUACCCGAGAGCCGAGCCGGAGCACAAGGACGUGCUGCAGAGGAAGCCGCCGCCGUUGAUUCCCGAGAUUGACGACCCGGGGUUCGUCACCGUCUAUGGCAUCAGGGAUCUUCCCUACGGGUAUGAUGUUUUGGUAGAGAACCUCUUCGACCCAGCUCAUGUACCAUAUGCGCACAAGGGGAUAAUGCGAGGAAUCCGCAAGAAGGAAGAUCCCGGAAGAGUUGACUACGACAAAGAGGGCGGCGGUCCGAUCAAGAUGAAGAUUGAGGCGGCAAACGUAGAAGGGUUUGUGUCACCGCAGGAGCGUGGCUACUUCCAGUUCAUCGCGCCAAGCACGCUCGUGGGUUCACCAUUUUCCCAAGAGUUCUUGGUGGCCGGUCGGGCCAAGGGAAAGAAGGCGCCUCGGAUCCUGCUGGUGUUCUUAUGCGUUCCGGUUGCUCCUGGUAGGAGCAGGGUGAUCUGGGCGUUCCCGAGAAACGUUGGGGUCUGGCUCCACAACAUCACACCACGGUGGCUGUACCAUGUAGGCCAGAAUCUUAUAUUGGAUUCAGACAUUUUCCUCCUCCACGUUGAGGAGCGCAAAUUUGCCGCAGUAGGCCUCGAUAAUUGGCAGAAAGCUUGCUAUGUGCCCACCUCGUCCGACAACAUGGUGAUCGCCUUCAGGAACUGGUUCAGAAAAUUCUGCAAGAAUCGGGUUGGAUGGGCAACCCCACAAGUCGAUCAGUUGCCACCAACCCCUACCAAGGAUCAGCUCAUGGAGAGAUACUGGUCACACGUGGCGCAGUGUACGAGCUGCAGCGCCGCGCUCAAGGCCAUGAAGGCACUCGAGGUUGCACUGCAGAUCGCGUCGGUCGCCGUUGUUGGAUUCCUUGCCGUCGCCAAGGGAACGCUGGUCACCUCGACUGUCCAGAGGGCUGUGGUCGUGUCCACGGCCGUGCUGUGCUUCGCCGUGUCCCGCUGGCUAGCCAACUUCAUCCAGAAGAACUUCUACUUCCAAGAUUACAUCCACGCUUACAAGUGAUGUGUUCAGGAAAACUUGCGGCUUUUGUUGCUAGGAGUUGUUGUUGAUAGUAAAUGCAAAUUAGAAAUGUGUAGGAAGCACAGCAAAUUAUUUGACACGGUAGCAACUGUAUAUAAUCAACGAGUUAUCUUCAGCGUUGGUUCAACGACAAAAACUACAAAUUAAAUAUGUUCUUGCAGUGGCCACUGCCGAUAGGAUAUGGCAUUCUGCUGCAGGAUAUGUAAA